AAUUUUAUACUUUUUCGCCUGUUAGUCAUCGGGCGAUUCACUAUGGGGACGGUGCACAUAGUUUUAUAUAUUCUAAGUAUAGUUAAUUUAAUAAAAUGCGGGUAUCCACCGACAGGGGAGGAAGUGGUGCCCGGCAGCGUGUUGCUGCCUGCUUCAAGAAGGGGCCGGUACCUCGCCAACAUAGUCCGGCGGCAGGCAGUGGAUGGUACUGGAAUCAAAUUCAACAAGGAAGCUGAUCGGAUGAACGCCGAAGCGAAGAAGAAAGUCGACGUACUCUCUGAAGAGCUGCUUCCCUACAUUAUCGCCGAACAGGAACGAAGAACUACGCUCCAUAAACGAGUGAUGACUGCCAUACAGAAUGGGGAGAAGGGCGUAACGAUAGCUGAGAUGAGAAAUAAGCCGCCACUUAUUAUUAGGAAAGGCCUAAUGUACCGCUGUCCGGCGAACCGCGCGCCGAAGGAGCCGGACGGCUCCGGCGUGCUCCUGUGCGAGGACGACAUCACGCCGACACAGAUCAUGUAUGACGCGUGUCUCAGCGCCGAGGAUAAAGAGCUUUAUAAUGCUGAGAACAAAUACUUCUUCUGCAACCGUCACAAGAUCGAGGGCCCAGAUUUACCCCGAAACGGCACCACCGUGUACGGCUGCGCGCCCAUAGAACGCACUUCCUUCAAUUACACCACCACCAAGUGUUCACUGGAAGACACUGAGGACGUCGUGGUGCACUACCGGUAUUACCCGGAUCGGACGUACAAAUACGUGACGGAGCUGGAUCCGGACCGAGAGGUGUGCGACCACUGGAACCCAUGCCAAAUCGGUUACAUCUUCAGUUUACCCUCACCAGACAUGGCCACCCCUGCCAGUGAACUGUGGCAGGACAGCAUAAACGAAUACGUACAUCCGGGCAUACAGUCCUACACGAGCAGCCCGCGAACCAUCAUCAUACCCCAUGGCGGUAGACGGAGUCCCAGUUUUAGACUCGAAAAAAUCCAGGUCAAAAGCGGCAAGGGAAAAUCAAGAAAGAUCAGCCAAAACGACUUCUCCGCGAAGAUCGGAACCUCCAGCAUCACAAUAACGCUGUCCUUUGAGGAGUUCUCACCGAAGUUCUUUGGGACCUUCUACGCUAUCAUUAACAUCAACAACAAGCCCAUUCCUAUGAAGUUCUUGUCUCUAAUACCAAGCAACAUAGAAGCACGUGCAAAGACCAUCGACGCACUCCACGGGCAGAAGCUCAACAGCUCCGCUAUUCCCAUCAACUGCGAUAACUGCCGAGUUCAUGGUCUCAUGGUGCGGGCGAGAAACAACAAUGUUUACAACAUCCCGUCCAGCCGCUUUAGAGUUAAACAAAUGCCAAAUAGGCAAUUAACUAUAGAAAUAAACGUAAAAGAUCCGCAACCGCAAGAUUUCGGUGACUACUUCGGUUUAAUUGAAAACAGCCGGGGGCAGGAGGAGCGGCAUAAAAUGCUGACUGUUCGAGCUCCUGGUUUGUAG